AUCUUUAAAUGUCGAACUAAAAUGACCAACAUUCAAACAUAGAAGAACAUAUUCUUAGAUUAUAUGAGAUCCAUGAUUUUAAAGGGAAAGGAGCCUACGGGAUUGUUUGGAAAGCUACUGAUAAAUAAACAAAAAAAGAAGUAGCACUGAAAAAGGUUGUAACAAUGAUAUUUAGAUUUUAGGUGUUUGAUGCAUUUUAAAACUCAACAGAUGCUUAGAGAACAUUUAGGGAAGUGUGUUUUUUAUAAUAAUUAACGGAUCAUGAAAAUAUAGUUAAAUUAUUAAAAGUGAUACCAGCAGAAAACUAAAAGGAUUUAUAUAUGGUUUUUGAAUAUAUGGAGACUGAUUUACAUAAAGUGAUUAGAGCAGGAUUAUUAAAACCCUUACAUAUGCAAUAUAUAAUAUAUUAGUUGUUAAAAUGCUUGAAAUUUAUUCAUUCAGGAGAGUUGAUUCAUAGAGAUUUAAAACCUUCAAAUUUAUUGAUAGAUUCUGAUUGUAAAGUGAAAGUAGCAGAUUUUGGAUUAGCAAGAAGUGUAGCAUAAUCAGAAAAUUAUAAUGGUAAUUAUUAUUAUAAAUAUAAAAUAAGAAUUACCAAUAAUGACAGAAUAUGUAGCAACAAGAUGGUAUAGAGCACCUGAAAUUUUAUUAGGAUCUCAUUCUUAUACUAAAUCUGUUGAUAUGUGGAGUGUUGGAUGUAUACUAGGAGAAAUGAUAAUAGGAAAAGCUAUAUUUUCAGGAACAUCUACUUUAAAUUAAAUUGAAAAGAUAAUUGAAUUGAUUGGAAGACCAAAAUAAGAGGAUUUGGAAUAAAUGAAUGCAUAAUUAGCAUAAUAAGUUCUAGAUGGUAUAUCAAUGUAGAAAAGAAAGAGUUUUGCUGGAUUCUUUCCUAAUGCAACUCCUGAUUUUAUAGAUUUUAUUAGAAAAUGUCUUGAUUGGAAUCCAUUAAAAAGAAUUAAUAUUGAAGAAGCAUUAAAACACUAAAUAAUGCUUGAAUUUGCAAAUACUGAAGAAGAAAAAACUUUAAAAUAAUAUAUUAAAAUUCCUUUUAAUGAAAAUAAAAAGCUAACUAUCAAAGAUUAUAGAGAUAAAAUUACUCUCAAUACUGAGUAAAUUCUCUAAGAAAUUUAAUAAAAUAUUUUUGAUAAAAAUCAAAAUAAAUAAUAUAUAUCAACUCCUUAAAGCUUUUCAACAUAUAUAUCUCAUUAUGAUAAUAAAAAUAAGUAAAACCUAUCAACUCAUCAAUUCUCUUAACCUGUAGAAAAGCCAAAGAAAAUUGAUUAAUCUACUAAAUAAGACCGGUUUAAUGAUAAAAACAAUGUAUAAUAUAUUUAAAAGAAAUCAAAUCAUUCUCCUUAACCUAAAUAAACUAUGCCAUCAAAUCCUUAAAAUAUUACUUAUAGCUUAUUAUAACAAAAAUUAUCAUCAAAUUAAAAUCAAACUUAAAUUAAUAAUUCAAGUCUAAAAAAAACUCAUACAAAUAUUAUUAAUAGACCAUAUUUUGAAGUGAAUAAGAGUCCUGAAGUAAAAAAGAAAACAGAAAAUAGUAUAAUUAAUGUCACAAAAUCUUAUUCUUUUCAUGGAGAACCUUAUGAUAAAAAAGUUAAUAAUUCAAGUUUCAUUAACUAAAAUAAAUCAAAUACAUUUAAUAGUUAUGCAAGACCCACACAAGUAUAAUAGUCAUCUAACUACACUACUGCUUAAAGCUUUUCUUUAUAAAAAGAGCAGCUUAAACCAAAAGAUCCAAUUUUCAUCAAUUAAGCUUAAAGAAGUAAAUCUUUUGAAAAAUCACCAAUUAAUAUUAUUAAUCCAACAAGUCCUUAUCAAAGAUAAAAAACAGAGGCUUCUAAACCAAAAUUUAUUCCUUAAAGUAUUUUUUAUAUUUUAUUAUUAAGGCAACAUGACUAACAAUAUAGCUUAAGUCCAAAAACUUUUAUAAAAAUGUUGUUAAGUAUAAAAUUAUUCAUCACAUAAAAAAACAACUAGUUUUAUAGAACCAUCAAAAUUAUAAACUUAAUAAACUAUAAAUUAUAACUAUUUUGAUGCUAAAAACACAAAAUUUAUUUGA